ACAGCGCUCAGCCCGCCAGAAGGGCGCUCGGCGGACGGACGGCGGGGAGCUAGUCGGGUGGUGGCUGGUGGAAGAGGAGGGAGUUCUUUGAUGACCUGAUUACGCCUCAGACUUACACAGGUCUGAUAGUUUUUGCUUCACAUAUUUUGGUGUUUACACAUUUAAGAUUGUUAAGUCUUUGGGGAUGCUCCAGAAUGAAACGCCAUAGAACUCUCAGCAGCAGUGACAGUUCAGAUGAGAGUCCUUCCACUUCCUUUACUUCCGGCUCAAUGUAUAGGAGCAAGUCAAAAAUUCAAAAUGAACACAAGAAAUCUGCUGAGGUAUUCCGGAAGGACCUCAUCAGUGCCAUGAAACUGUCAGAUUCUCAACACAUUAAUCCUGACAGCUAUUACCUCUUUACGGAUACAUGGAAAGAAGAAUGGGAAAAGGGAGUCCAGGUACCAGCCAGUCCAGACAGUGUUCCACAGCCUUCCGUCAGGAUUGUAGCUGAGAAAGUAAAGGAUGUUCUGUUUAUCCGGCCCCGGAAGUAUAUCCAGUGCUCCAAUCCAGAGACCACAGAGCCUGGCUAUAUCAACAUCACGGAGCUGGCAGCAUCUGUGUGCCGCUAUGACCUAGACGACAUGGACAUCUUCUGGCUCCAGUCACUCAAUGAAGACCUUGCAGAAAUGGGUUGUGGGCCAGUUGAUGAGAAUCUUAUGGAAAAAACAAUAGAAGUCCUGGAACGCCUUUGCCAUGAAAAUAUGAACCAUGCUAUUGAGACAGAGGAAGGGCUAGGCAUAGAGUAUGAUGAAGAUGUGAUCUGUGAUGUGUGCCGGUCUCCAGACAGUGAAGAAGGGAAUGAUAUGGUGUUCUGUGAUAAGUGUAACAUCUGUGUGCAUCAGGCCUGCUACGGCAUCCUCAAGGUCCCAGAAGGCAGCUGGCUGUGUCGCUCCUGUGUCCUGGGCAUUCGUCCGCAAUGUGUCUUAUGUCCAAAGAAAGGUGGAGCCAUGAAAGCCACCAAGACAGGAACUAAAUGGGCUCAUGUCAGCUGUGCUCUGUGGAUUCCUGAGGUCAGCAUUGGUUGUCCCGAGAGGAUGGAACCAAUCACAAAGAUAUCCCACAUCCCGCCGAGUCGGUGGGCUUUAGUUUGCAGCCUGUGCAAAUUGAAGACAGGGGCUUGCAUUCAGUGCUCGGUGAAAAGCUGCAUCACUGCUUUCCAUGUCACCUGUGCCUUUGAGCACAGUCUAGAAAUGAAGACCAUCCUAGAUGAGGGAGAUGAAGUGAAAUUCAAAUCAUACUGCCUCAAGCACAGCCAAAACAGGCUGAAACUUGGGGAGGCUGAGCACCCCCUACACCGGGCUGCAGAACAGAGCCAAGCCAAAAGCGAGAAAACCAGCCUGAGGGCACAGAAGCUUCAGGAGCUGGAGGAAGACUUCUAUACCCUGGUCAAUGUGGAAGAUGUGGCCACAGAGCUGGGGCUACCCAUACUAGCUGUGGACUUUAUCUAUAACUACUGGAAACUGAAACGGAAAAGUAACUUCAAUAAGCCAUUAUUUCCUCCAAGGGAGGAUGAAAGAAAUUGCCUAGUGCAGCCAAAAGAGGAGAGUAUUCACACUCGCAUGAGAAUGUUUAUGCAUCUACGGCAAGACCUAGAGCGGGUCCGAAAUUUAUGCUACAUGAUAAGCAGGAGAGAGAAGCUGAAGCUGUCACACAACAAAAUACAGGAACAGAUCUUCGGUUUACAAGUCCAGCUUCUUAACCAGGAAGUGCCUGCAGGACUUCCUUUGACAAGUGCACUAGAAAACUCAUUGUUUUACCCACCACCAAGAAUUACCUUAAAGUUAAAAAUGCCCAGAUCAGCCCCAGAAGACUGCCGAAGCAGCUCCAUGGAGCCUGAUCACGGACCCCUCUCUCCUGACAGCAACUCCCCUGUUCAAAAUAUAAGGAGCACGCAAGUGCCUCAGGAAUCACUAGACAGGAGAAUGAAAUCAUACCCGAGGUAUCCAUUAGAGAGCAAGAAUAACUGUUUGCUGGCCAGUCUUGACCAUUCUAGGAGUGAAACAAAGGAUCCCAGUCCUGCUUGGAAAACUCCAUCUUCGGAGUUCUGUCAUGGGCAGUCACAGGGAAAGCCUCUGGUCCUUCACACUGCCCUUCAUGGGCAGUCUUCCAUUGGGAAUGGGAAAAGUCAGCCUAACUCCAAGGUUGCCAAAUCAAAUGGCCUGGAGGGCAGCUGGUCUGGGGAUGUCACCCAAAAAGACAGUUCAAGUGAGAUGUUCCGUGGCCAGGAGUCCAUGCUCAGCUCCCACCUGGCCAGUCAGGGCAGCAGCUUUAGAAAAUCUACCGUGGAACACUUCAGCAGGUCCUUUAAGGAGACCACCAAUAGGUGUGUGAGGACCACAGAGGACCUCCAGUGCUAUGGGAAGCCAACCAAGAAUAUUAACCCCAGGGAGCAGCUCUGGGGCAAGCAGCUUGUCAGGCGGUCUGCAGGGAGAGCUCCAUAUCAAGAAAACGAUGGCUAUUGCCCAGAUUUGGAGCUGAGUGAUUCAGAAGCAGAAAGUGAUGGGAGUAAAGAGAAAGUCAAGGUAAGGAGAGACAGCUCAGACAGGGAAAACCCUCCUCACGACUCUAGACGGGAUUCCCACAGUAAAAGCAAGACAUAUCCUCUUUCUCACAGUUCAAUGCAAAGGUGAUUGACAGUUUCCAAGGAUAACUCAGUCUUUGCCUUUGCUUCAUAUAUUGUGGAAAAACCAUACAUUAAAAGGAUUCUGACAUAUGUUGGGAGAAAUUAUAGAGAAAAGAAUAAAAUGUUUCCACAAUAAAUUGGCUUGCAGUUUCUGAACCAGUUUCAAGUCUAGUUUUCACAAGCACAUUAUAAGAAUUGCAGAUUGUCCACAGUUUUUUUUUUCUUUUUUUUUCUUUUUGGCCAGAGAUUGUUGAGAACAACUGGGCCCAGAGUAUUCAGUAAAUACUUUGGGGCAACUUUCCAGUUAUAUUAAUACAUUGAUAUGCAUAUGUAUUAAGAAUCUGCAUUGUUAAUGGAUUUACAAGAGACCAUGAUUAUCAGACACUAAAACUUCUUAUCUUUUGAAGCUACAGGAUAUAACUCCCAGAACUCCUGUCUGUAGGAAGUUUGUAACUCCACUGGUGUCUGGAAACCCUCCUCAGGGAAAGACCAGGGACCAACAUCUCAAAUACUGUCAGACUCAUUACCUUCUUCCUUUGCUCUGUGGAAGGUUGAGUUCCUUUCAAAAGAUUUUAAUUUACCAAGUCAAUACACCUGAUGCUUAUAAGUGUCCAGUGCCUGUUCUUAGACUUGCUUGUUGAGGACACACUUGUAACUCUUUCACCCAGCUAACAAGCUUAAAAGGCUAACUUUUGGAUAGUGUUUACAAAAAGUACUACUUUCAAGGAAAAUGCUCUGAUUCUCUCAGCAUAGGCAUUUGUGAAGGAUCCCAGAGCCUUUCCCAAAAUGAGACCAUUUCUGGGAGAUUUAUACCAGGUCAGGGUUUUUGUGUUAUUGUUUUCAAAUAAGUUUGACUUAAAUAAGUUUGGCUGACAGUUUUUGUAUACCUGCUUUAAUGUUUAUAAAAUUUUUAUUGAGGUAUAAUUAAAAUAUAAUAAAAUGCACAGAGGUUUAGUAUUCUUACCUGCUUUAAUUUUGAAACAGAUUUUUAUUGUCAAACAGAAUUUGAAAGCAUGUGUUUAACACAUGGAUAUAAUUUAGCUUUGUACCAACUUUGAAUCCGAAGCAAUUUCCCAAACAAAAAGGCUGGAGCCAUUUUUCAGAAGUUGCUUAUACCCUGUUCCCAAACUAUCAGCCUUGAUUAAUUUUGGGGAGGAAGAGAAUUAUUACAUUUGGGGGCGAUAAAACAUGUCUGUUUCCCAUUUAAAGAAGUGGAAAAUGUUACAUUUUAAAAUGUGAAGCCAACUAUAAUUCUCUGCUCUCUUUUCUUCUUAGCCUUAAGUUAAUAUUCUCUUUCUUCUAGUUUGGGAAAGUGUAGUGAGAAUUUUCAGAGAAAAGAGGCCAUUUAAGGUUGUUUAAGUUGCUUACUGGUAAAACAGCCCAGCUGCAAUAGGCGCCAGUCAAUAAAGGCGGGGGCUCUUCUUCUUACCAUCAAUAUGGGAAACAGCAGUUUCCUCUCCCCACUUUUGUUUUUAUCGCCUUGUUAAUGGAUAUCUUUGCUUUUGUUUUUGCCUCCUUUUCUGGAAACUUCUGUAUUUUGCCUCUUCUUUGGUCAUACCUUCAAUAUGUUUCUUUUAUACCUGUGUACAUGUGUGAACAUGCUCCAACAUGUGAGAGAUGUCCUGUAUUUUGUUUGAAUGGAAAAAGCUAUGGAUUAUCCAAAGGAGGAAUAGAAUUUCUCCUAUUUAUGCACUAGGUUCCUGUACUUU